AUGUCUCAGCUGAAACACAAUUUUAUCCUUUUCUGCAUUCGAGCGUAUCAGAAUUCAGAAACACCAACCUUCAUUCUCCUCUGCCGGCAUCACAGUUGCGCCGCCGUCACUCCGUUUGCUCGCGCCGCCACUGUCGCUCCUCAGAUCCGUGUGCCAGAAGGUUGUGAUCUUGUUGCUGUUGGAGCACUUGCUGUGGCAUUUGGCACUUCUCAUGUAGCACUUGUGCAUAGAGCUAAUUUAACCUCUGGUCAGGUGUUGUUGGUUUUGGGUGCAGCAGGAGGUGUAGGGCUUGCAGCUGUUCAAAUUGGAAAAGCGUGUGGUGCCAUUGUCAUUGCUGUUGCUAGGGUAGCUGAAAAGGUGCAGAUUUUGAAGACUCUUGGUGUUGAUCAUGUCAUCCCUGCUAGCAUAGCUCUUGUUAAGGCAGGGGAUCCUCUUUAUGUUCUGUUGUGCUGUUGGCUAGCUGCAAUUGGUGCUGGUCUUCUGAAAACUGAGGAGAUUUUGGAAAGGGUGGCGAGGCUGCAAAUCUCGAAUGACAUUGAAUUUGAGGAGCAGAAUUUUAUUGCCUUGAUGAAUUAAGCAAGAGAGAUACAUUAACAAGAGAAUGGAGUUCGUCUACAACGCAUUAGAUCAAGAAAUUCAAAAAUAUGAGCAAGAAUUCGAAAAAUGCAAGCAUUGCCAGCAAAUAAGGACACAAAUACAAUCCCUCAAGAAGGCCAUUAAAGCAAUGAAAUCAACACAACAAGCAAAACCAUCAGAGUUCAGCCAGCUAAGCAUGGUGGACAAACCAGGAUAUAGUUGAUAGAGACGGAGAUCGCAGCAGUGGCCGUGGCUGAGGUCGAGGUCGAAAGGGGAGGCCUAAGCUUUCUACCGGUCACCUCCUUGACUGCUCCGACUCGGAUGAUUAUUUAGACGAGUAUAACUAUGUUAUUUAAUUACUUUACUUUGAAUAUUAGGUAUUAUUAGUGGAUUGCAAUUUAAACGAAUAUAAGUCUAAGUUUAGUUAUUUAUCUUGUCUUGAGUCUUUAUGUUAGAGGAUUAUUUAUUAUUUUGAUAAGUUUGUAAACUCAUUAUCUAAUAUUUAAUAUAAAUUUUAUUUUUAUAUUUAUACUA